AUGGCUGAAGAAAUCGACCUCUACGAGGUCCUAAGCAUCACCCGCGACGCAAGCAAGGAAGACGUCCGGAAGGCCUAUCGCAAGUCUGCCCUCGCCAGCCACCCCGACAAAGUCCCCGAAGCCGAGCGUGAAGAAGCAGAAGUUAAAUUCAAAGCCGUUCAAGAAGCCUACGACAUCCUUUACGAUGACGACAAGCGACACCUCUACGAUACCCACGGCAUGUCCGCAUUUAAUGGCUCCGGUGAACCCGGUAUGGGAGCCGGCCCCGACUUGGACGAUAUCCUUGAGCAGAUGUUCGGUAUGGGGGGUAUGGGCGGAAUGGGUGGUAUGCCCGGGAUGGGUGGCAUGGGAGGUAUGCCGGGAGGAGCGCGCCAGAAGCCGAGACGGACGCCGAAUGAGGAGCAGAAGUACGAAGUGAGCUUGGAGGACCUGUAUAAGGGCAAGACGGUGCGGUUUGCGAGCACGAAGAACGUCCUUUGUAGUUUGUGUCAUGGGAAGGGUGGAAAGGAGAGGGCGACGGCGAAAAAGUGCGGCACAUGCGAUGGACACGGCUUCAGAGAGGUGUUGCAACAGAUGGGUGGAUUCCUUACGCAGUCAUCGGUGCCUUGUACCACUUGCAGUGGAGAGGGCAGCUACUUCAGCCCCAAGGAUAAGUGCAAGAAAUGUAAGGGGAAAAAGACGACGGAAGAGAAGAAGAUGCUGGAGAUCUGGAUCCCUCGUGGUGCCAGAGAGGGAGACAAGAUCAUCUUGGAAGGCGAGGCAGACCAGAAGCCCGACCAGGAACCAGGUGAUAUCAUCUUCCACAUUGUCGAAUCCGAACACCCGACCUUCCAACGUGCCGGAGCUGAUCUGACCACCACCAUCGACGUGACCUUGGCCGAGGCACUGACGGGCUUCUCUCGUGUGGUGGUCAAGCACCUCGACGGCCGCGGUAUUGAAAUCAGUCACCCCAAGACCCCGGGUACUGUUCUUUCGCCCGGCCAGGUCCUCAAGGUCCCCGGAGAAGGUAUGCCGAUCAAGCGUAGCGACUCCCGCGGAGAUCUGUACCUGGUAGUCAAUGUUCAAUUCCCAGAUGGCAAGUGGAGCCCCAGUCCGGCUGUGUUGGAGAAGCUCCGGGAGAUGCUUCCCAAGCCGGGGCCGCGCAUUGAGGCUAACCCCGUGGAUGAUGUCGACUAUGACCCUAAGGGGAACAUGGAACAGUUUGGUAGCAACGAUCCUCAAGGGGGAUCUGCCUGGGAAGACGACGAAGAUGACGAGCCGACGACGGCCCAGUGCGCGACGCAGUGA